AUGUUAACCGAAAAACCUUUAAAAUUAGAAUGCAUUGUAAAAUUCGAACCUUUUUUUCAAAAAUAAGGUGAUAAUUUUGUCUCUUGUAAAGAAUUAGAAUUAGUCAAUACAAAAAUAAUAUAAGACUUACAAAUAUCCUAAAAUUAAAUAAAAGUAUAAUUACAAGAAAAAUUAUAAUAAAAAAUAUCAUUUAUCGAUUGUAAAAAAGAAGAGGAUAUUUAUAAAAACCAAAUUUAAGUUUUUUCUUUAGGCUCUGAAUAAUUAAUUAGGAAAGAAAUAUCAAAAUAAAUAACCUAAUUUUACUAAAAAUAAAAAAAUUAAUUAUGUAAAGAAAUUAAUACAUAAAAUGAUAGGGAAAAAGGGAAUUAAAUUAUCUUAAAUUUAUUAAAUAAUUCAGAAAAUAGAAUAAUAAAUAUAAAAAAUCAUGUUGAAAAUUUCAUAAAAAUAUUAAAAAAUAGAUAUUUUUAAACAAAACCAAUUAAUUUAAAUCAUAACGAUUUAUCCAUUAUUAAUGAUAAGAGUUAUUUUUUAUAAAAAAAUUAAAAACAAAUUUUAUUUUUGUAAAAAAUUCGAAAAAUUAUAAAUCUAUUAAAUAUUUUAGGGCAUAUUAAAGUUUUUAUGCCGACAAACAGAUUUUUAUUAUUUUGGAAUAUGCUUUAUUGUUUUAUAGUCUCAUGUUUUUUAUAUUUUUAUUCGAUUUUGUUAUUUUUUAAUUAUGAUUUUGAGGAAAACAUAGUUUCAAUGAGACUUUUUAUUGUUAUUAUUUGUAUAUUUUUAAUAGACAUUUUAAUUAAUUUUAAUACUGCUUUUUUUUAGAAUGAUUAGUUGAUUUGUUAUAGAAAAAAAAUUGCUUUUAAAUACUUAUAGUCUUUUUUUUUUACGGAUUUUUUGAGUUCUUUAGUACUUUUUUAAAAAAUUAUUUUUUAGCAAAAUAAUAAGUGUUUAGUUCAUAAUCCUGAAAACGAAUUAGGUCUAUUUUUAUUUGAUCUGAUUAUUUUUUUUAAAGGAUUCGAUAUAUUAAGAAAAAAAUAAAAUGUAGAAUGUAUCAUUACACUCAAAGAGUAUUAAAAAUUAAUUCUUAAAUUGAUUGAUUUAAUAAUUUUAAUUAUAGUAGUUGCACAUUUAGUGUGUAUUUUAUGGCAUGGAUUAGGCAUUUAUGAAGAAAAAUAUAAUUUUGAUAUUUCUUGGCUAUCUAAAUAUAGUUUAGUAGGACAAAAUUGGUAAAUAAGAUAUAUUUAUUCAUUAUAUUGGUCAAUAACUACAAUGACAACAAUCGGAUAUGGAGAUAUUACGCCUUAAAAUCCUUACGAAGUGUUUUUUGUAUCAGUUAAUAUGAUUUUUACAAGUUGUCUUUUUGCCUAUUCUAUUAAUAAUAUAGGUAUGAUAUUAUAAGAAAUAGAAAAAUAAUCAAAAGAAUUAAAUUAAAACAUAAGUAUAAUUCAAAGAUACCUAGAUAGAAAAAAUGUAAACGCGAAUUUAAAAAGUCGAGUAAGAAAUUAUUUAAUAUUUUUAUAAGAAGAACAAAAAGAUCGUGAUAAAGAAUCAGAAGACCGUAUAUUGGAUAAAUUAUCAAAUAGAUUAAGAGAUGAAAUAACAUAGGAAAUAAACUCAAAUAUAUUAAAAAAAUAUAAUGUUUUUUAUGAAAAUUUUACUUAAUAAACCAUAAAAAAAGUAAUUUAUAUAAUGAAUGAGAUACUUAUAUAGCCUAAUUAAGUUAUUUUUAAGGAUAAUGAAUACGAUAACUAAUCUAUAUAUUUCAUUUAAAGUGGGAAUAUAGAAAUAUUUCAUUACAAUUUAUUCGAGAAAAACCAUAGCGUUAUCAAAUAAUUAAGCUCAGGUGAUUUCUUUGGAGAAAUUUCAUUUUUUUCGGGUUUGCCAAGAAAAGCUUCCGCAAGAAGUUUAAAUUUAUCAACUUUAUACAAAAUAGAUAGAGAUUAACUCAUUUAUAUUUUGAAUUAAAAUUAAACCGAUUUCGAAAGGUUUAAAAUGAUAUAAGAAUAAAUUGUUUUUUAGAAUGAUUAUUCUACGAUCUAAAUGAAAUGUUAUUCAUGUAAAAUACCAGGACAUAUGGCAUAGAAUUGUCCUAAAUUACAUUAAAUUUUUGAUAAGCAAUUCCUUAUUUUAAAAAAUAACUUUUCAUAACCCUAAACAAGAUAAAAUAUUUCAUAUUAAUAAUUUAAAAAAAGAAAGAAUAUAAUCCUAAGUAAAUAAAAAACAAACAAUAAUAAUAAUAAUAUAUUAUAUGUUAGAUAAUUAAUAAAAUUCAAUCCUGAUAAUAUAAAGAAACUUAAAUUUAAUGCAUAAUUUAUGAAAUCAAACAUAAUGGCGUUAUUUGAGAGUGAUGAAGGAGAUAAUGAGGGUACUUUAUACUGGAUCAGAAAGUGA